UGAGAACACCUCUGACUGCUAUAUAAAGGCAGUGUGUGCCUCUAGUACAGGCAAAACAAUCUGUGCAAAAUGAACAGGGUUAAAGUUCUGCAGGUCUGGCUGUGUUGUGUGUCUCUGUGCCGCUUCUGGGUUUCUCAUGCCGUUCCUCUGGACUGCAAGGACGAGACGGGAUCUCUCACCCACUGUACUUCAAUCUCCCAAGAGAAACUUCUAGAUCGUGUCAUCCAACAUGCAGAGCUCAUCUACCGUGUCUCUGAAGAGUCAUGCACUCUUUUUGAGGAGAUGUUUGUCCCAUACCCUCUGCAUACUUUAAGAAAUCAGGCAGGAAACAUGUGCCACAGCAAGCCCUUCCCGAUCCCAGGCUCCAAGAGUGAGAUUCAGCAGAUAUCGGAUACAUGGCUCCUUCACUCGGUUCUGAUUCUGGUGCAGUCGUGGAUGGAACCCCUGCUCUAUCUGCAAACUACUCUUGAUCGUUACGACGACGCCCCCGACGCUCUGCUCAACAAGACCAAGUGGGUGUCUGAUAAACUGCUCAGCCUUGAGCAGGGGGUGGUGGUCCUCAUCCGCAAGAUGCUGGAUGAAGGGAUUCUGAUGUCCUCGUCUGUCAUCGAGCAGACGCUGGCCCCAAACGACGGACAGUCUCCAGAGGUGCUGGAGUCUGUCCUCAGGGACUACAACCUACUCACCUGCUUCAAGAAGGACGCCCACAAGAUGGAGACCUUCCUCAAGCUACUCAAAUGCCGCCAGAGCAACAAGCUCAGUUGUCUUUCCCACUAAACAUGCUUCUUAUAUGGAAAGAAUAUGCUUUAUUCUGAAGAAUUGAAUGUGUACAUUGAAUUAGCUUUCUUACCCUAGUUAGCAAACAUUAAAUGAGACCCCUGAGUGUGAAAGUGAUGUGCUCAAAGCUGUGGCUUUCUGGAUAUUUACUGUAAAUUGAAGAGGAACAGGAGACGAAGCAUAUCUGUAUACUGCACUAUUGAUUUCCUCCCUUCUCUUCCAAACUUUGUAUGCGAUACAGACUCUACAUAGUUUUUCAAUGUCUCUACAGAUAGUUUCACCGUUGUAUUAGUUAGACAGAAAAGCUCCUGAUACAGAAAUAUGCUAAUGAAGCCUCAAAGCAGACUGUAAAUGUUUCCAGACUGUGGUGUGGGCUGAGGGAUUUGAUCGAAGCUUUACUUUAUGGAUGAACAUAGAGGAAAUUUACAUGAGACAUGACAUGAGAUAAAAAUAUAACUUCUGGCCAGCCCAAGAGAAAGAACAGAGUGAAUUAAUUAUGUAAAUUGUGUCUGUAAAAAAAAAAAAAAAAAAAAAAAAAACAAUAUACACAACGUGAUAUGUAUAUGCAUAUUUUUUCUUUAUCUUUAUCAAAUUAUACUUAUCUAUGUAAAUAAAAAGAGGCAUAUAAUAUA